AUGGCCGCCGAGCUCCUCAACAAGCAUCCACUUCAGCGGCUGCCCAGCCCUUCACGGGGCUUGUCAGCUUUGGUUCAUUUGGUCGGGCUUGCUAGUUUUCUGUGGUCAUUCAAAUAUAUGCAUGAAAAUCCCAACCAAGCUAAUCAAGCAUAUGGUUGGCACUUUCAAUAUCUGACCGUGAUUGGCCUAUCGUUGUCAACGUUCACUUUUGCGAUUGCACUGCUGGCGGAUAUCACCUCGUCGCGACGACUAUUCUUAGUGAAAAAUAUCCUCUCGACAUGCAGUGCCCCUCUGGAGGUUGUGAUCAGUGUCUUGUACUGGGGUCUCCGCUUGAUCGAUGAACGUUUGGUCGUUCCCCCGAAUAUCUUCAUCCCUGUCCAUGCCGACAUCAGCUUCCAUGCUACCCCGUCGGUGGUGAUGCUCAUCGACCUGCUGUUCCUAUCUCCACCUUGGACAAUUACUGUUCUACCCGCGCUGGCGCUGUCUAGCACUAUUGCCUUCGGCUAUUGGUUCUGGAUUGAGCAGUGCUUUUCGCACAACGGAUGGUACCCGUAUCCAAUCUUCGAAGCACUGCCUACCUCUGGUCGCAUUGCUCUUUUCACUCUUAGUGCCGUUGUCAUGGCCAUAAGCACCAUUACUCUCAAGUGGCUCCAUGCACGCAUCAACGGAUUUGGAACCCCGAUCACGCCGGUAUCUCGUCCCGGUGAUAUCAAUCGAAAGGGCGGUCUGUGA